AUGAUAAUUCACACAGGACAAAGCCCAUACACUUGUGUUCAGUGUGGAAAGUGUUUCGGUCAGAAAUGCAAUCUGGAGAGACACAUGAGAAUUCACACUGGAGAGCGCCCGUACAGGUGCAGUGAGUGUGGAAAGAGUUUCAUAUAUAACACAUCUCAUAAACUGCACAUGAGAAUUCACACAGGAGAGCUACCACUCACAUGUCUUCAGUGUGGAAAGACUUUCGGACAGAAAUGCAAUCUGGAGAGACACAUGAGAAUUCACACUGGAGAGCGGCCGUACACGUGCAGCGAGUGUGGAAAAAGUUUUUCAGAGAAAGGAAGUUUUAAAGCGCACAUGAGAAUUCACACAGGAGAGCGUCCGUAUAUGUGCAGUGUGUGCGGAAAGAGUUUCAGGGAGAAGAAAUCUCAUAAACUGCACAUGAGAAUUCACACUGGAGAUCGUCCACACACAUGUCUUCAGUGCGGAAAGAGUUUCAGGGAGAAGAAAUCUCAUAAACUGCACAUGAGAAUUCACACUGGAGAUCGUCCACACACAUGUCUUCAGUGCGGAAAAAGUUUCAGGGAGAAGAAAUCUCAUAAACUGCACAUGAGGAUUCACACUGGAGAGCGCCCAUACACUUGUCCUCAGUGUGGAAAGAGUUUUGGACAGAAAGCCAAUCUGGAGAUUCACAUGAGAGUUCACACUGGAGAGCGGCCGUACAUAUGUGCUGAGUGUGGAAAGAGUUUCAGACACAAAUGUAAUCUUAAGACCCACAUGAGGAUUCACACUGAAAAAAUCCCACACGCAUGUGUUGAGUGUGGACAACAAUUCAAAACAGAGGGAAGCCUUAAAAUUCACAAGAGACUUCAUCUUGAAGAAAGCCCAGACAGCAAGAGAGCAGAUGAAAACCAUUGA